GGAUCUGUGCAAGCUUGGGCCAAAUGACAAUGACACUGUUAGAGGACAGAUAGUAGGUAAGUGAAGCUUUCAAUCUUUGAGUUCACUUGGAGCUGAGCAGUAGCUGUAGAAAUACCCUUCCUAGACAUCAGGUUUCCGUAUUUAUUUAUUUUUUAAAUUCAGCAUCUAGUGCCAGAGACACUCGGACCUACAGAUAAAAGUGUGAAUGCAGAGAAUUGCCAAAUGUAAAAACAAAAUACAUACUGUAGUAAAUGUUGGGAGAGUUAAGAUGCUACAGAGGUCAUAUGAAAACUAUUUAGGAAGUGUUGAAUUUCUCAGUAAACAAAAGUAGCAGUUUAAUCCUUGAACUACACAUUUCUUGUCCAUUGAGAGCUCCAGCAAAGUCGUGCUUCCUGUAUGUUUUGGGCAAGAUUAGAACAUCUUGCUGUAGCAGGAGUGGGUUUCUGUUUGGGGCUAUUUGGUCAAUUCAUUUUGGGGUAUUAACAGGCCUGUCUCCAGUCUUGGUAAUUGUGCUUUAUCAUUCUAUUGCUCGUGAGCCUUAAAUAAUUUAAGAAUGAAAAAAUAAUUUCUUAAACCUGAGAAAUUGGAAAAAAUGAAGCAUCCACAAAUGACUUCAUAAACAUUUUGGUGCAUUGUGAGUUGUUUCAGAAAACAGUGUUUUGAAUAGGUACCUUCAGAAGUCAAAAAUAGGUAGAUCAGGAGAAAAAGUCUUUCUGGCAAAAUGUUGAUGAAAGUUUUUGGAGGUAGGGGUGAAAAAAGUGAGUUUGCAUGUUCACUUUUAUGUUCAAUUCCUGCUUCAAGUAAUAUCCAAACAGCAUUCUGUAUUGUCAGCCAGAGAAAACAAUCAGCUUUCCUCUAGGUCCUGUUAAAUAAUACCUACGGCUUUAUCUCUUCAUGUUGCUUUAAUAAUCUGUGUAGCAUCUGAUCUGUGAGUGUUUGCAUGGUAUUCAGAUAAGAGUAAGGUGGCCCAGUAGGGUCAAGCGCUGUUAGAAGUGGAGUUGUAGGUGCACUGCUGAUGCUUCGGACCAUUCCUGAGCAUUACGUUUUCCGUGCAAGCUUACACAAAAGAACAGAAGUUAAACCAGACGUUUUUCUAGGCAGUUCAGCUUGCUUUUUAGUUUUUGCUCCAGUAUGCUGGUCCCCUGAUCACCCAGGCUGUGUGCAUCUGUGUGGGUUUUUUUUUGUUUUGUUUUGUUCUGUUUUUCUGAGCUGCUUUUUCAGAAGAAUCUGAGCACAGCUGAGGAGAGGGCUUGUUCAGGGCCUGCUCCAAGCAGCAGAGAUGUCCCCUGCCCGCAGCCAUCCUUCAGGCAUGAUACUAGCAGGGACUGUGCCCUCACACCGUCACAUGCUCUCAUGCUGCCCUCCAGAGUACACAGCAUGCAUCCUUGUUGUCAUGAGAACAGCAGUAUUAACGUGGGUGCUUUAAGUGGGAAACAGAAAACUAAGCAGAAAGAUCUCAAGGCUGCUGGGAUGCCACAUAGGAAACCUGGCUCAAAUGCCACGUGUGGGCAUGGCACAUACGCUCUAGAGACGUGGCACAGAUAAGCAGCUGUCAGCCAGGUGGCCAGAAACCAGACUGACCAGUCAGCUUAAGCUGAUGUGGUUGUGAGAAGUGGUACAGCCAAAGAAGCAUUUGUUCAUUUGGCAUGCUGUUGGGGCUGUCCUUAAUUAGUAGGAGCUGCUGGUCAUGCAUUAAGCCUACAAAAAAAAAAAAAAAAAAAGCACAGCUUGUUAGGUUACUGCUGAGACUGUUAGAACACCUCUGUAUGUUGUGCUUUAUGCUGUUAUCAUCAGAAAGGUUUCCUCAGUCAUGGCUGUGUUUUAAUUUAGUACAUGCUCAGCAAAAUGCAGAGACUCCUGUCUCUUUUGUUGGAAAUGUCAUUAUUAAUCUUCUUACAUUUUAAUCUUUCUACACUAAUACAAUUUGGAUGAAUAAGUGAAUGAGCCUGAGUAAGUCAGGUGGUUCCACUGCAGUUGUUACAUGGUGGAGAAAUCUUUUAAAAUUAAGUAACAAAGUAGAAUGAGAUGUAAAUGUACUCCCAGUCCUUUUAAUGAUAAAUUGUCCUAAGUGAGGAGGCUAUGCCAAAUGGGAAAACAGUAUUAAAAUGUCACUGAUAUCUUCAGGUGAUAAUAACCCUAGAAAUCAAGUACACAGUGGGUGUGGCUUUAUAAUUUGGGUCAGGGAGCAAGAAAAGCUUUGUUUUAAAUAUUUGGGAUUGUUUUCGAAGGGGGGAAGAAGAAGGGGACACUUCUGAGUAGUGGAUGCAAAGGGCACCUGAACUGUGUCUUAAUCUUGCAGCUGUCUUCUGUGCCACCAUUUUAUUUCUGAUGUGGCGGUGCAGAAAAAAUGAGUCCUUACUCAUUACAAAAUGAAGCCGUGCACAAAUUUUGGUCCUCACGUAGGCAAAGAGGAGUAAGUCUUCAGUCCAGAGACCGGAUAGGCACGGGAGGACAAGUCGUGGACUGCAGUCGUUUGUUUGAUAAUGAUUUACCAGAUGGGUGGGAGGAAAGGAGAACUGCUUCUGGAAGGAUCCAGUAUUUAAAUCAUAUUACAAGAACAACUCAGUGGGAACGACCAACACGGCCAGCAUCAGAAUACUCCAGUCCAGGCAGACCACUGAGCUGUUUCGUGGAUGAGAACACUCCAAUUACAGGAACAAACGGUGCCACAUGUGGGCAGUCAUCAGAUCCCCGGCUGGCAGAGAGGAGGGUCAGGUCGCAGAGGCACAGGAAUUACAUGAGCAGGACACACUUGCACACACCUCCUGAUUUACCUGAAGGCUAUGAGCAAAGGACGACUCAGCAAGGUCAGGUCUAUUUUCUGCAUACUCAGACUGGUGUUAGUACAUGGCAUGAUCCAAGAGUACCUAGGGAUCUUAGCAACAUCAAUUGUGAAGAGCUUGGUCCACUGCCUCCUGGAUGGGAGAUCCGAAAUACAGCAACAGGCAGAGUUUAUUUUGUUGACCAUAACAACAGGACAACGCAGUUUACAGACCCACGGCUAUCUGCUAACUUGCAUUUAGUCUUAAACCGCCAGAAUCAACUUAAAGAUCAGCAGCACCAGCAGCAGCAGCAGGUAGUGUCCCUGUGUCAGCUUCCAGAUGAGGCAGAGUGUCUGACUGUGCCAAGGUACAAACGAGACCUGGUGCAGAAACUCAAGAUCCUGAGGCAAGAGCUGUCACAGCAGCAACCUCAAGCUGGCCAUUGUCGUAUUGAGGUCUCCAGGGAAGAGAUUUUUGAGGAAUCCUACAGGCAAGUCAUGAAGAUGAGGCCAAAAGAUCUGUGGAAACGAUUAAUGAUAAAGUUCCGUGGGGAGGAAGGCCUUGAUUAUGGAGGUGUUGCCAGGGAGUGGCUCUACCUGCUGUCACAUGAAAUGUUGAAUCCAUAUUAUGGUCUCUUCCAAUAUUCCCGAGAUGAUAUCUACACACUGCAAAUCAACCCAGAUUCUGCAGUUAACCCGGAACACUUAUCAUAUUUCCAUUUUGUUGGACGGAUAAUGGGAAUGGCUGUGUUUCAUGGACACUAUAUUGACGGUGGCUUCACGUUGCCUUUCUAUAAGCAGUUGCUAGGGAAGCCAAUUACGUUGGAUGAUAUGGAAUUGGUUGACCCUGAUCUUCAUAACAGCUUGGUUUGGAUACUUGAGAAUGAUAUUACGGGAGUCUUAGACCAUACGUUUUGUGUAGAACACAAUGCAUACGGGGAAAUUAUUCAACAUGAGCUAAAACCUAAUGGCAAAAGCAUCCCAGUGACAGAAGAAAACAAAAAGGAAUAUGUCAGACUUUAUGUAAACUGGCGAUUUUUACGAGGAAUUGAAGCUCAGUUUCUGGCUCUACAGAAGGGAUUUAAUGAAGUAAUCCCACAACAUCUGCUGAAGACAUUUGAUGAGAAAGAGUUAGAGCUCAUCAUUUGUGGACUUGGAAAAAUUGAUGUUAAUGACUGGAAGGCAAAUACUAGGUUAAAACACUGUACGCCAGACAGCAACAUUGUGAAAUGGUUCUGGAAAGCUGUGGAGUUUUUUGAUGAAGAGAGGAGAGCACGACUUCUGCAGUUUGUGACUGGCUCAUCCAGAGUGCCUCUGCAGGGCUUCAAGGCAUUGCAAGGUGCUGCAGGCCCACGACUAUUUACAAUACACCAGAUUGAUGCCAGCACUAAUAAUUUGCCGAAAGCUCACACCUGCUUUAACCGAAUAGACAUUCCUCCUUAUGAAAGCUAUGACAAGCUAUAUGAGAAGCUGCUAACUGCCAUUGAAGAAACAUGUGGGUUUGCUGUGGAAUGACCCUUCACAGGCUUACCUGAGACUCUAUUUAUACUCCUGUCAGCCGGAAUGCCCUUCCCUCAUCAAGACUCGAGAAAUGCUUGAAAUACAGGAAACUUUCCCUUUUCUACACUAGGACACUGUGAGGGAAAGGACAACUUUGCAAUUUUUUUCUUUCAAGAAAAUAGGUUCUGUGGUUCCUGCCAUAGGAUCAUUCAGCUGCUAUUAAAAACUAAUACCUUGAACAUACAGAAUGCUGACUUUUCCUACAUUUCAACAGUUAAGCAGUAUUCUAUACUUAAAGACUACUACUAUUUUUGUAAAAGGUAAUCUAUUAUAUUUGCCUACCUGAUUUCUAUUCUCAGAUACCAAGAAACAACUUCAGCAGUCGGUACAAGUCACGUUUCAGCCUCUUUUAAAUGUAUGAUACUGACCAGCAUCUAUACCUGCUAUUUUUGGAAAAAAUAUUUUGGAUUAUUCUAACUUUUUGCAUAAAAUUGGCUGAAAGGAUCAUUAAUCUUUUUAAUUAAAGCCACUUACGUGUUACUGCAUUUUCUUAUAGUAAAACAUUAUAUUCUGCAAUGUACAUUCAACUAAUGUUACCACAGGGAACUUUUUUUUACAUUUUUCAAGCAUGAAUUACAAAUACGGUGUUUUGGGGCCUAUUUAUAUCGCUCGUCAGAUUCCUUUAACAGAAUUUCUAGUGUGAGUGACACGUACUGCGUUUGGUACAGUAUUCGUGUUCAAUGUGGAAUAGACCUUUUUUAAUGAAGAGCAGACAUUUUGAUUUUUUUUAAGCAGCAUUUUUCUAACGAGUCUGUCAAGAGUAUUUUUGUGACUUUUGACUUUAAACACUGCAUUUUUCAACUUCGUGUGCGUGUUGAUGAGGUAAUAUUUGACAGCAGCAACCUGUUUGCAGUUCAUUACAGAACCCAUCCUACCCAGCCGACCAAAGCUUGUUUGAAUGCAGCCAAAUCACAUAAUAUAUUGUGGAUGCUAAAGAUCUAUCAGGUAAAGCAUAAUUUAAUGUUUGUCUAGCUGCUCGUGACACGUGGGUUUAGGUUACAACUAAGGAAAAAUGGCAGUAAAACUAAAAAUGUUGUAUUAAUUGAAAUAUGCGAUGUGCUUCAAAAAUGAGGUUUUAAAAGCACAUAAUUUAUUGAUUGUAGGGAUGGAAGUAAGUAUAUAUAUGAAUUAUAACAUGGGUUGAUCUCUGCAAAGGGGAAUAAAAUGCACUACCAGUAGAGGGAACUGAAUUUUGAAGUAAGUCUGGGAAAUCUCAGUGAAGAUCCGUAUGAUCUGUUCAUGGUGUGUGGAUGAGUCGCUCCACUUAACAGGCAGUGGCAUUCUCCUCCCGGUGAGAAGCUUUGGAAUGGGCAGCAUUUUUUUCCAAUCAGUGUUGUUUUUUAACUUAGGUUACAAUCAUUCAUCAAAUCUGCACUAUUUUCACACUGCCAAUAAGAAGAAAGUCGAGGGUAUUGGAAAUGCUUAAACACCAGGAUGUAAACAGCAGUGUGAGUCACACGGUGAACGAGCUCAUUUUCUGUUUGUUCCUUGGAGCUUGAACUUCAUUUUGUUCUGCCAAAUCUGACUGCCGCAGUGAGUAAACUACUACUGGAUGUUGUCUAUUAGAAUAGUGGGCAAUGGACUACUUUUUAGAAUUGUGGUAAGAACCCGGUGAGCCAAAUCCACAUGUUCAUUUGAUUAUAUAUAUUUUUGUACAGCUGUUGCUGGAAGGUUUGUUCUGAGACUUGCUUCCUUGUUCUGGGCUGGCUGCAGAGGUGAGGCUACUUAGGGAUGUAAACAUAAAGCCACGAAACUCACUGUAACAGCCAGGUUUGAAAUAUGUCAGGCCAUUCUUUCUUCAUAUCAAGGGACUGUUGCACUCUUAAAAUGGCUGGUACCUCUGCUUGUGUUAGGGAGCCCUUACUAGAGAAGCUACCACUGCAUUUCUCCAGUCUUUCUGGGAAAGCAAAGUAGGAUGUUUGCCCACUGUGUUUCUUAUUUGCUACUUCCUGAGGCUGGGGAGCACUGCAUUAGGAAACUCCCAAAGUCCUCUUCUUGCCCAUUUAAGUUUGUAGGUCUGACAUGAAGCUCUCCUGACACAGGAUAAAACAUAAGCGUUGUGUAAGGGAUUUAAUUCUGCUCUUGCUCAGGCUAUGGUUGCAGCCACCGUGAUCAUGGAAGCAUGCCAGAUGUAAAAUCCAGCUUGAUCCAGCUUUUGGGAGAAGUCAGGGCUCAGCUGGUGGCUCCAGGGGAAAGGUACGCUGUUCUCUUUUCCCCAGGCAGUCCACCUCAGCACUAUUUAAAGACUCUUUCUGUCGUGUCUCCCAACCACAGCGUCUGUGCCCUCUUAGGCACCUCUCCCUGCCCACCUCCUUAGGCUGGUUCAUGUAUUGAACGCCUGGUUGUGGCCACCCUUACAACAUAAAAGCAUUUCUGAGGAGGGAGGAAAUGAGCUCUGCAGAAUGUAGAGCGUAGAUCAGCUGAUAAAUACCAUUCAUUUUCACAGCAGCCUUAGCAGCACAUCUAUUUGUUCUACCAACCAUUUUGAUAUGGCACAGAGAAUUUUUUUAAAUUGUCACAGAUAAAUAUUGUAAACUUAAUAUAUUGUAAGCAAAACUAGAUAAAUUUACCUGUGACUUCACACAGCUGACAGAUGAGGUUGAACAUACCAAGUAUUUUGAGUGCCUUUCUACCUUCAUAAUGACUGAGAGCUUUAACUAAAGCACCUCAUCACCUACUCAGUUUAUCAGAAAACGUUAAGAGUUGAUGCCUUUGCAAAAUUGUAUUUCAAGAUCACGUCAGCUACUUUUCCCCUCAAAAAGGUGCUAAGCCUAAUAUUGCAUUUUAACCUUGGACUUUCACCCCAUGAUUAAUGUGAAUAUUUAUUUCAAUGUGUCCCUCUUACUGGGUUUUACUUUCUCCAGUCUUUAGUUGUUUUAGAGAAAUGUCACAUCAUGGUUUUAUGCUGUUGCUUUUCAUAUGAAUGUUUAAUUAUGAACAGAACUUUUGUAGAUUUCAAAUAUACAGUACACAGUUGAAUUUCAGAGGAUUUAAUUUCUCGGUGUAAAGAGUUUUGUAAUGGUGCUUUGUACAGUAUGUAUUCUAAUUUUUUUGCACAUAGUUUCAGUUUCCCUAAACUGAUUUAUUUUUACCAAAUUGUUGUGUUGUACUAAAGUCCAGAGCACACAAGCUGUUUUUAAAUUCUUGUCCUACAACACUACAUCUGUAUAGAACUUCUGGUGCGUUUAAACUAGCUGCAUUGAUGGAAGUAAAAGCUUUGCUUCUAUAUCAUAAGAAUGCAUCAUACAGCUUAAUGUAGCAUGCUCCAAGUGCUUCAGAUUUUAAACAGCACCAUAUAGUUAUCAGGUGCCAUUUGUUGUACUUCACACUAUGUAGUAGGUUUCCAGCUCUACCACAUCCUCAGAGCUUCGUCUGUAGCUGUAAUUAGUUUAUACAAGUGUAAUUAUUCCUCCACAACCUGACAGUUCUUAGUUUAUCAUUUCCAUUGUAUUUAUUACAGAGUGUUUUAGCAUUGAUAUCAUUGUAUUUUCACCCAGCUGUUACAUGAGCUUUAACAAAAAAAAUCUGUAUAAAAUGGUUUUUAAGUACUUAAUGUAUGUACCCAUGCAGAAGUUGAGCAAUAAAUUGUAUGCUGUUUGCACUGUCACAGCAUCAAUGGUUUAAAAA